AGGCAGCGUGCGCGGCAACGGCAGCCGGCGAGGAGGAGGCACUGAGUCCCGGAGCGGGCCCUGCGCAUCGCUCUGGCCCCGAAAAGUGGAGCUGCAACUUGGCCACAACUGCACCUGUUUGCACCGCUCUUCCGAGGGCAACCCAGCUGGGGCAGCGGCGAGGACCGCGACCCCAGCCAUCACCCUCUUUGGCAAGUGGCUCGUGCACGAGGAGAAACUUUCCACCUGUGAGCCGGACCAGCGCUGAGUGCGUGUAUUUUUGCCUCCUUUUUGUUGUUUUUGCCUCCACCCCCGCCUUCUUUUCUCUGCUAAGACCUCUCCCCACACACCCACCCCAAAGUUUAGCUCUGUUUUGAGUCCUUCUCCAUCUCCCUGCCUCCCCCUCCCCGGCCGUCUAUGUUCCAGGCCCUCUCUGCGCGGUGCCGGUGAACCCGUGAGCCGCCCUAAUGUACAGCAUGAUGAUGGAGACCGACCUGCACUCGCCUGGCGGUGCCCAGGCCCCCACGAACUUGUCAGGCCCGGCCGGGGUGGGCGGCGGUGGGGGCGGUGGCGGCGGCGGUGGCGCCAAGGCCAACCAGGACCGGGUCAAGCGACCCAUGAAUGCCUUCAUGGUGUGGUCCCGCGGGCAGCGGCGCAAGAUGGCCCAGGAGAACCCCAAGAUGCACAACUCGGAGAUAAGCAAGCGCCUGGGCGCCGAAUGGAAGGUCAUGUCCGAGGCCGAGAAGCGGCCGUUCAUCGACGAGGCCAAGCGGCUGCGCGCGCUACACAUGAAAGAACACCCGGAUUACAAGUACCGGCCGCGCCGCAAGACUAAAACACUACUCAAGAAGGACAAGUACUCGCUGGCCGGCGGGCUGCUGGCGGCCGGCGCGGGCGCUGGUGGCGCGGCCGUGGCCAUGGGCGUGGGUGUGGGCGCGGCGGCCGUGGGCCAGCGCCUCGAGAGUCCCGGCGGCGCUGCGGGCGGCGGCUACGCGCACGUCAACGGCUGGGCCAACGGUGCCUACCCCGGCUCGGUGGCGGCAGCAGCCGCGGCCGCAGCCAUGAUGCAGGAGGCGCAGCUGGCCUACGGGCAGCACCCGGGCGCGGGCAGCGCGCACCCGCACGCGCAUCCAGCGCAUCCGCACCCGCACCACCCGCACGCGCAUCCGCACAACCCGCAGCCCAUGCACCGCUACGACAUGGGCGCGCUGCAGUACAGCCCCAUCUCCAACUCGCAGGGCUACAUGAGCGCCUCGCCCUCGGGCUACGGCGGCCUCCCCUACGGCGCUGCAGCCGCUGCAGCUGCAGCGGGCGGCGCGCACCAGAACUCGGCGGUGGCGGCCGCAGCAGCCGCCGCGGCUGCGUCGUCGGGCGCCCUGGGCGCCCUCGGCUCUCUCGUCAAGUCGGAGCCAAGCGGCAGCCCGCCGGCCCCAGCGCAUUCGCGGGCGCCGUGUCCCGGGGACCUGCGAGAGAUGAUCAGCAUGUACUUGCCGGCUGGCGAGGGCGGUGACCCGGCGGCUGCAGCGGCCGCCGCGGCGCAGAGCCGACUGCACUCGCUGCCACAGCACUACCAGGGCGCGGGCGCAGGCGUCAACGGCACGGUUCCCCUGACGCACAUCUAGGGACGCCGGGGAAAAGGCGGCCCGCGCCGGCGCCGAGCGAAAAGGAGCAGGCGGCCCGCCCCAGGCACCCGGCCUGGCCCAGCGCGGCCUUGCUUUUGUAUAGACGUUUCCACACUCUUGUAAAAAGGAAAACACUGGUGAUGAACACUAGGUGACACAUACCCCCUGCCCCCAAUUCGCUUUCCUGGGAGUUUCUGGCGACCUCUAGAAGUGGACACAGUCGUGCGUUUCAGACUGACCUUCGGCGUUUUCUUGAGACUUUUUGUACAGUAUUUAUCAUCCACGGAGGCAGAAAGCGUUUCUUUGCUCAAGGGGACACAAAGACCAAGCAAGAGGCGACUCCAACUUUCCUAUUCCGCGGCGCGCUCACUCUCAUCCCGCAUCGCUUCCUGAGGGCGUUUAGUUGCCGGGGACCCAGUGCCGGAAGCUGUUCUCAUUUGUUACCGAUGUAGUAAGGCAGAUCCAAACACAAGUUUUUUUG